CACGUCAUUCCAUCUCGUCCCCACAAUCGCCAACUCAUUCAAUUCAGAUACAGCUCCCGAAAUUAAAAGGAAAUCACAAUGCUGAGUAAGGCAUUCAUCGUAUUAGCAUUUGCGGCAUUCGCAUUUGCCGCAGAAGCCGACGUCAAGGAAUUGGGCGAUGAUACUUUCGACGCCGGUGUCAAUGAAGUUGAGACAACUCUCGUCAUGUUCUAUGCUCCCUGGUGCGGCCAUUGCAAACGCUUGAAGCCCGAAUACGCCAAAGCAGCUGAAUUAUUGAAAGAUGACGAUCCACCAAUUGCCUUGGCCAAGGUCGAUUGUACCGAAGCCGGUAAGAAAACUUGCGAACGUCACUCGGUCAGCGGAUACCCAACAUUGAAGAUCUUCAAGAAUGGCGAAGUGUCGCAAGAAUACAAUGGACCACGUGAAGCUGCCGGCAUCGUCAAGUACAUGCGUGCCCAAGUUGGACCAGCUAGCAAGGAAUUGACCUCCGUGCAAGCCUUGGAGACGUUCUUAAAGGUUAACGAAGCUGCCGUUGUUGGUUUCUUCGAAAAGGAUGGCGCCAUGAAAACUUUGUUCAACAAAUAUGCCGACAAAUUCCGCGAAAAGCUUCGUUUCGCUCACUCGAGUGCCGCUGCUGUCUUGGAAAAACAAGGAGAAAAAGAUGCCAUUGUCUUGUUCCGUGCUCCCCACUUGGCCAACAAAUUCGAAGAGGAUUUCGUCAAGUUCACCGGCAAAGAUAUGGAUGCCCUCACGCAAUUCGUUAAGGAUAACUUGCAUGGUUUGGUGGGACAUCGUACUCGUGAAUCGACGUCAGAGUUCAAAAAUCCCUUGGUUGUCGCUUAUUACUCUGUUGACUACACCAAAAACCCCAAAGGCACCAAUUACUGGCGUAAUCGCGUUUUGAAAGUCGCCAAAGACUGGGCUGGCAAAGUUAAUUUCGCCGUCAGCUCCAAAGAUGACUUCCAACAUGAGUUGAAUGAGUACGGAUAUGAUUACACUGGCGACAAACCCGUAAUUUUGGCUCGCGACGCUCAAGGACAAAAAUUCAUCAUGAAAGACGAAUUCAAUGUCGACAACUUGCAAGCAUUCGUUAACGAUUUAUACGAAGGUGCAUUGGAGCCAUACGUCAAAUCCGAGCCGGUGCCCACUAGCAAUGAUGGUCCCGUCAAAGUUGGUGUUGCCAAGAACUUCGACGAGUUGGUUAUGCAAAGCGACAAAGAUGUUUUGGUCGAAUUCUAUGCCCCGUGGUGCGGACACUGCAAGAAACUCGCUCCCGUUUUCGAUGAAGUCGGCGAGAAACUCAAGAACGAGAACGUAAUGUUGGUCAAAGUUGAUGCCACAGCCAACGAUGUGCCACCAUUGUUCGAGGUACGCGGCUUCCCGACACUUUUCUGGUUACCCAAGGGAUCGAAAGCGUCUCCCGUCAAAUACGAAGGUGGUCGCGAAGCUGAUGACUUCAUCAAGUACAUCGCCAAACACGCCACAAACGAACUCAAGGGCUACGACAGAUCCGGCAAAGCUAAGGAGAACAAGGAUGAAUUGUAAAUUUUGUGCGAAAUUACCUACUUCCCAAGUUUCCUCCUUGAUUAAUAUUUAAAAAAAAAGAAAAAUGUGAGAAAGACACCCACGCAACUUUAGAAUCUAAUUUUUUUAAACUAGAUAUGUGCUAAGGAAGACUACAAAUAGCGAUUAAUCUAGCGUUAAUUUUUUGUCAGCAUCUCUAUCGUCGCAAACAAUGAAGUAAUUUAGAACAAUUUAUUUUAAAAAUGUCAAUUCAAAUUUUCUUAAAUUGAGAUAAAAAAAAAAGUAUUCCAAAACAAUAAAAAAUGAAAUAUCAUAAAAACAAAAAUCUGAAUGGUCUCAAGGUCCAAUUUUUUAAAAUACACGUUUGUGCAUUUAAUUUUUUUUUUAAUUUUUAGCCUUUUUUUCUUUGAUGUAAUACUUUUUU